UCCUUACUUCUCUUGCGACAGAACGUGACAAAUCAGUUACUCAAUAGUUACUCGGGGCCCUGUUGACUUCUGGAAAGGAAAAAAACCUCCCAGUUUGACUCUGCGUCGCCUCGAGCCACUGCAAGCGGGACAGAGGUGGAUUACUGAGUGCGCUUGAAAGGAGGGGAAAGAGGCACCCGAAGACGGCUCCGAUGGCCAGCAACAACACCACCAGCAUCGCGCAAGCCAGGAAACUGGUGGAGCAGCUCAAAAUGGAAGCAAACAUCGACAGAAUAAAGGUGUCUAAAGCAGCGGCUGACUUGAUGGCCUACUGCGAAGCCCAUGCCAAGGAGGACCCCCUACUGACCCCGGUGCCUGCCUCAGAAAACCCCUUUCGGGAGAAGAAGUUCUUCUGCGCCAUCCUGUAAACCUCACGCGAGCCCGGCUCGGGCGUGGGGCCACUCCGGACAAUGAUGUAGAGAUUUUUUUCCGCCAGCGGCGGAUUCGUCGCCGGCGUCCGCCCACACUUUCAAAAGAACCGAGCAGCCCGGGAGUUUGACAGGGGGGAAUGCAUGAUCCAAGAGUCAAAGGGGCCUCCGUCGCGUCGUCGGAGCUCGUGGGGUUGAUCCGUCUCGGCAGGCCACAGGCCUCGACGGCUGUGGAGUCACCCGGAGAGGGAGGGGGAAACCAACGCGUCAGAGAGUCCAUUUAAUGUCCACGUCCGCUCUUGCCAAACACCUCUUCGUUUUUGGCCUCUCUUUCUUUUCGGUCCUACAUUUUUUUUUUUUUAAUGAAAAAGAGGGUUGCGGGCGGCGAUGCUGCAGCUGACGCAAAGGGGGUGUGAUGUUUGUGUGUGUGUAUCGGUAGCCUUCCUGGGUUUGGUUUGGCCUCCCCUCCCCGUGUCACUUUAAUUUAAUGUGCCAUUGUAAAAUAGCCACAACACGUUAGGUGGGUGACGGUGAUCCUUAGUGGUGGGUCUUGUGCGUAUUUAGCAUCGUAGAGUAGAGGUGUACGAGGAAGGGGAGAGACCGGCGGCGGAGCUGCCGUGACAAUUCUCUCUCUUUCUCUCUCUGUUUCUCUUUUUCUUUCUCGAGUCGCUGAGGAUGGGCCGCGACGGCGGAGAGUCGGCGCAGCUGUCUUUGUGUGUUCCUGGCGUACUUCGUGCCACCGUUUUUCUAUCAUUUGUAUCGGGUAGCUUUUUGUUCUGCAAGUAAAU